AUGGAUUACUAUGGAAGACUUUGCACACUGUGGGAGGAGUUUGUGAUUUAUCGGCCCUUGCCGAUGUGUACGUGUGGAGCGGCGUGCGAGAUCGUCCAAGAACGAGAUGAAGAGAAAGUCCAUCAGUUCAUCUUGGGAUUGGAUGAUUCUCGGCGCACGAAGCAGUGGGUUUUGCAACUCGCCAAAUCGGGAGCUUCUGUUCGGGGAGAGGAUCACAGAGGAAGCAGACCGGAGCAGUCUCUUUUGAAGAAGUCGAUGCAAUGCUCAAACUGUGGUCGCGGUGGUCAUGAGAAGAAAGAUUGUUGGCAGCUUGUUGGAUUUCCGGAGUGGUACACUAAACGCAACAAUGGCAGACGUGGUGGCUCGCGUGGCUGCGGAGGUCGUGGUAGCAGUGCAGGUAGAGGUCGUGGUCAAGUUACAGAUGCACAUGCAACGAGCUCCAAUGCUUCGGUGUUUCCCGAUUUCACCAACGAGCAAUGGCAAGUUCUUACACAAAUGAUUCAGGUCAAGUCAGCACAUGGUGGUGCCGAUAAAUUGUCUGGUAAGGCCAAGUUUGGCGAUGUUAUUCUUGAUUCUGGCGCCUCCCAUCAUAUGACAGGCGACAAGUCACUUUUGGUGGAUCUGGACCGUUUCACGGGGACCUUGAUUGGAAGAGGUGAAGAGUGUGAUGGGGUUUAUUUUCUGACGGAUGUUGCUACAGCUAAAGUCCACACAGUUCAGGCGUCUCAGGAUUUGACUUUGUGGCAUCAGCGUUUAGGACAUCCUAAGAAACAAUUUGGUAAAACUGUUAAGGUGGUUCAGAGUGACAAUGGUACUGAGUUCAUGUGUUUAUCCUCAUAUUUUCGAGAACAUAGCAUUGUGCAUCAAACGUCAUGUGUAGGCACUCCACAACAAAAUGGACGUGUCGAACGAAAAAACAGACACAUAUUGAACGUGUCUCGAGCAUUGCUGUUUCAGGCUAACUUUCCUGUGUCGUUUUGGGGAGAGGCUGUCUUCACUGCUGCUUAUUUAAUCAAUCGAACACCUUCAUUUAUUCAUGAAGGUCGUUCACCAUACGAGAUACUUCACGGUCAAAAACCCGAUUAUACACAGUUACGCGUUUUUGGCUCUGCUUGUUAUGUCCAUCGCAUUACUCGAGACAAAGAUAAAUUUGGUGAACGCAGUAGAUUGUGUGUGUUUGUUGGUUACCCUUUUGGUAAGAAAGGUUGGAAAGUAUACGAUGUUGAGCGGAAGGAGUUCCUUGUUUCGCGUGAUGUUAUUUUUAAUGAGGACGUCUUCCUUUUUGCCGCGAAUACACCUUCUUUACUCCCCACGUCAGAAGUAAGGGAGGGUGAUCGCGAUGUUCCUUGUGAUGAUGAUUGGAUUAUUUAUCCCACGUCAAAAGUAAGGGAGGGUGAUCAUGUUGUUUGUCCACCAUCUACCUCAGUUGAUAGUCCUGCAGAAGUUGCUCUAGUUGAGUCUUCUGCUGACGUUAUUGAGGAUCCUCCUUCGGAUGUGGUGUCUGAGACUUUACCGACGGCAAUUGAUGAUCCAGUUAUGCUCGAUGCAGAGGAAUCACUGUUUGAGGUUCAACUAGACAGAGGUCAACAGGAACGUAUUCCCUCAACUCGUUUGAAAGACUUUGUCACUUACAAUAUCUCUGCCUUGCCCCACAACACCCAUCAUGCUAUCCUCAACUCCACUUCCGUGUCCUCGUCUACGGUUCAAGCAUCAGGUGUUCCUUGCCGCAGUAACAGCCUCUAA